GCGGCAUGGUACAUUCGAUUUUAUGACGUAUUUCCGGGUCGGCCCAUUUCCCCACGUGAAAACAUUUGACAUUGCAAGAAGCGAAAUGUAGGUUCAAAUCCUUUUUAAAUGCAGAAAAAAAUGGCAUCUUCCGGUGUGCAGCUGUGUCUCAAGCACAGAUUUCUUCUUCGUACCCUCAAGAAAGCGACCACGACCGGCUGCGCUCAAGUUCGUCACUGCUGCACAGUCUUAAGGCCACGGCAACUUCCAAACGUCACUGGGACUCCAACAAAACAUUACCGGCCACAGCUCAUUCGUUUUUACAGUGAUUUGCUUGCCAAACGUGGGGAAACGAAGGAAGACACAAACCAGUUAUUACACGCUAAAAAGGGCGUGGCACUGGAUGAAAGCCCCGCACUAUUAGAUCUGGAUGCGGCCGCUGGAUCGUACGCGCUGGAGGAGAUCAGCGAUGAAGAGGCUGUACGUCUCGCGCCUCUUCCGUCCAUCCCUCCGGUCGCCGCCUCCCUCAGAGACUACGUCGAUCAGUCGGAGACGCUCGCGAAAUUAGUGCAUCUCGGGGUGAACCUGUGGAAGCUGGAGGGGAGGCCCAACGUCGGCUCCAUGCUGCUCAGACUUAACUUCGAUGCCGACGUGGCUCCGAGGAUGCUCUUCCUCAAAGCCCUCGGCGUGGACGACUCCCGUUUGGGCUACGUCAUCACGCAGAACCCGUUCUUCCUCACGGAGGAUUUGGAAAACCUCCGUGCCAGGGUGAACUAUCUCAAGUCCAAGAAGUUCACAUCCGAGAAUGUCGCGUCGAUGGUUUCCAGAGCUCCUUAUCUUCUCAACUUCAGCGUGAAGAGGCUGGACAACCGGCUGGGUUUCUACCAGCAGCAGCUGGGCCUCAGCGCGUCCAAUACUCGCAACGUUGUCUCGCGUCUGCCAAGAUUAUUGUGCGGGAGUUUGGAGCCUGUUAAAGAAAAUCUAAAGGUGUGUGAAAUUGAACUCGGCUUCAAGGCCAAUGAGAUCCAGCACAUCGUCUUGGCCGUCCCCAAAAUUCUGACGGCCAACAAGCGGAAGUUGACGCAAAUAUUCGACUUCCUCCACAACACCAUGAAGGUGCCGCAUCACCUCAUCGCCAAGUCCCCGCAGGUCUUGAACACCAAGUUCUUGCGUAUAAAAGAGCGCCACCUGUUCCUGGAGUACCUGGGAAGGGCUCAGUACAACCCGGAUCAGGCCAACUACGUUUCCCUGGAACGUCUGGCGUCGUCUCCGGAUGAUACUUUUUGCGCCGAGGUUGCUUUGGCCUCGCCGGAAGAUUUUUUCUUGUUCCAAAAGACACUUUAAACCUCACUGAAGAAGACUGAUAAUAUGUAUUGAAACCAUUAAAGGACACAUUCACAAUUUCAA